CGGACUUGGUCUACGCCAUUCUCCAUCCCAUCACCACAUUUCCACAACAACAACCUACCUAAGCCCUUGACAACAGCUACGCACGCAGCUCGACCAAUUGCCUCUGUCGCAUCCAACCAACCUCACCUCCUGCGUGAACAACUCCCGCCUUUCGGCUGCUCGAACAGCUGCCGCCCCAGACGAAAACGCAAAGAUGGCCUCCCGCCUCGUCACCCGCGCGAUCCCCCGCGUCUCCGGCCUCCCCCUCCGCGCCGCCCGCUCUUUCCAGACCUCCUCGCCCCUGCGCGACGCCGUCGCCGCCCCUCUCCCGGCUCGGAAACCCGUCGGUGCUUUCCGCGGAGGUCUCUUCGGUUUCUUCCUCGGCACCUCCCUCACUGGCGCCGGCGUCUACUCCUACAUCCUCAAGGAAUACAAGACCUCGAACGACCUCCUGUCGGAGGAUAUCUACGCACUCCAGGCUGCCGUCCAGCGCCUCAGCAACUACGUCCAAGCAUUGGAGGAGAAGAUGGACGCCCUUGAGCGCAAGAGGAAGUGAACGGUCGUCGUCCCGACCAGGAGAGCGACAGGAUGUAACUUAGGAGCGAGGGAGAUGCCGUGGUAAUGCGCGGGAGAACAUGUGAGGGCGAACAGUACAAAAA